AUCUUCUGUGGUGGUAUCAGAGGCCUAACAAAGGAGGAUCACUGUCAUUGGGUUAAGCAAAGUGUCGUGUGAAGUUUAACGUGGUGGUUCGCCAGCUUUGUCUUAUUUUGGUGGACUCAUUUCCUGCACCACACUGCUUGUAAGUUGCUUUAUUGUUUCAGGCUGGGAUGGACAUUCAUUUUUACACACCUGUAGCCAAUCUAUUAUCAAUGAGGUUAAAAAAAAUCUGCCAGAUUGACAAGCAGACGGCAAAUGAUUUCCGCUUUGCUGCUGUGCUUUGCAAACCUCUCGUCUCUGUGUCCCUCCCCCAGCCUGGCUUCACCUGUUAAGUGCAGGGCCAGGCCACUUCUCUGUGUGCGGCUGCCUCUGGCAGCAGCUUUUCAUCUGCGCCUGAUUGGCGCUAAUUAUGCCGUGUUUUAUACCUUGUGUGUUGUGUCACUAGUUGCCAGUUCGUUGUAUGAGACUAUGUGAGUCUCUCAUGAGUUACAAGCUUCUUGUGAGUAUUUGCCCAAUUACCACAUCCCAGUGUUCCUGUGCCACAAUAGCCAAGUAUAGUUGUUUUUCACCUUGUUUUCAUUUGUUAGCAUCUUGCCUUUUGCCAUAUGUUUUUGUGUUUCUUCCAUUUUGGAGUGCUUACCUGUGUAUGAUCUCUGCCUGGAAUAAAACCACCCUCAAACUCAUGUCACUGCCUCGGAGUCCUGGAUUUGGCUCCUAUCCCACUUUCGAGACACCACCUGGUCUCAAGUCUCUCAUCUCCACAACCAACAAAGAACUCUUGUUCCUGAGCGGGCCAGUGGGCUACCGCUCAUUGGAAGAUUCUCCAAUUUUUAAUUCAUUUGAGACUUUUUCGUUGGAGCUGCAAGGUUUUUCACCACCCAGUGAGAGGGAGAGAGAAAAAAAAGACGAGAGACAGCAUGCAGAGGCCAUUGACCGAGUCAGUUCCAAGUUCCUCUCAAUAGCCCUGUUGGUCAGAUCAGUUCAGUUCAGGAUCCAGUGCUCCCGCAACCGCUGGAGGAACCCAAGCAUCUCAGCUGCACUUGUCUUAUCCCUCCAGAAUGGCAGCACUGCAUGGAUAAUAAAUUAUGCUUCCACUGCAGACAAGCUAAACACCUUGCCUGUCCAGUGAAGCCAAAAGACCUGGCCCAUCAGGGGAGGAAAGCACUGAGAUUUUUGUGGACUCAGAAUCGAGGAUAACUUAAUGGACAAAGACUUUGUUGUACAAGGAAAAAUCCCCCUUCAUCCUGUAACUGGCCUGAAUGUCAUAAAAGCUGUAGUAACGGCAGAAAAAGGAGGAAGUCACUGUCAUAUCUGCAUAAUGCAAAUCCAUUGGAUUAGCAUUCUGUGUAGUGCGAAGUGGGAGGAGGUUGCACCAGAAACUCACCUUGUCUUCUGUGGAUAAUUACAAUGCUGGGAACUGGACAGAAAAAGUUUCAACAUCUGUGAAUGGAGUUCCAUGGAGACUACAGUAGAGUGGCAGAUUCAGAUAAGUCAAUCCAAGCGUUGUUUACGGAAAGCAGCUGGCCAAGCAGCACAUGUUGACACGUUUGAGCAUCUGAUGCCAUUUGUUGUGCUUGGUGGCAACAUCAUCCAUCUGAAGGGGCUGGGCAUGCACCCCGUUUUCAGUCAUGGCUGACUCCAUGAAGCUGCUCUCAUAACAGCAAGAUAACUGGCCUCUAUGGGUUUACUGAAAAAUAAGGUCAUCGUGUUGGCUCCUGGAAGCAUGUGUUGCAAAUAAGUUAAGAAAACAUGCUGUGCGACAUCCCCUGCUGACACACAAACUCAAAAGUCAUCUGACACUCCAAAUCUUAUCUCCGAAAGAUUUGUAGGCUUUUCACUGAUGGGAUCUCCUGCCAGCAUUAUUUCAUGACCUCAGAAAGGUUAAUGCCUUUUACUGGCAACUGACUUCCUCUGGAUCAAACAUGAAUACAAAGUGCUACAGUUAAGGCUUCAGCAGAGGAGGAAACGAGAGCAGCUGGCAGACCAAGGCAUCAUGCCUCACUCAGCCUCAGUGGGCUCCUCACUGGAGGACCAGGCGAGGUUAAAGCGAGGCCGUCUCGCAGAGGAACUCAAUGAGAAGCUGGCUCUCAGGCCCGGGCCUAUGGAGCUGGUCCAAAAGAAUAUUAUUCCUCUAGACUCUGCCCUCACCAUGACAGUGAACCAUGGCAAGUUCCCCAAGCAAGAGGACUCGUAUGCCUUCGAGGAGGAGAGCAGCAGUGAGAGUUUGUCUCCUGAGCAGCACCACAGCGACGAGUCUCAGGGGUCAGCCUGCCCUUCUUCAGCCGAGGCGGUCGGCGGCAUGCCCUCCACCUCUUCCUCACCCACACUUUCCACCACACAGCAGGAGGUGAUAACCAGAGACUCGUAUGACCAAAGCCAAGAUGAAGGUCUGUCUGGAGUAAGCAAUAACCAUGCCACCCCCCCAAUACCAGUUCCCGCUAUUGUCAAGUCCAAGACAUCGGACAAGAACCGCCAUAAGAAGCCCAAAGACGUGAAGCCCAAAGUGAAAAAACUCAAGUACCACCAGUACAUCCCGCCGGACCAGAAGGCUGAUAAGUCGCCUCCCCCUAUGGACUCGGCCUAUGCGCGACUCCUCCAGCAGCAGCAGCUCUUCCUUCAGCUGCAGAUCCUCAGCCAGCAAAAACACGCUCACGCUCAUUCGCAGUCUCAGCAGCACACCCACAGUGCACAGAUGCAGGGCCAAGCUCAGCAGCGGCAGCCUGCCUUCAGUUACCAGCCACACCAACAGGCACUGAUGCAGAAAGGGUCCAGCGAGCAACUGUCAGCUUGUCCGUCCAACAAUGGAGAAAGCACCACAUCCUCACCAAUCAAGACCACGUAUCCGAACCAAAACGGGCUCUCCCCAGUAAAACCUGGGCCCCUGCCAGCCAAUCUGGAUGAUCUUAAAGUCUCAGAGCUCCGGCAGCAUCUCCGUAUUCGUGGCUUGCCUGUAUCAGGUACCAAGACAGCCCUCAUUGAGCGACUCCGGCCCUUCAAGGACUCCAAUUCCGGCUCAUCCCCGUCAGGCUCCUCUGAUAUCACCACAGUGACCUUCCCCGUUACUCCGACAGGCUCGCUGUCUUCUUACCAGUCUCCGUCCUCUUCCAGCACUCUGUCCCAGGGUGGCUAUUACCCUUACCCCAGCAACUCUUGCACCCCUCCAAUCUCACCGGCGUCCUCGGAGAAUUCCCUCAAUGGCUCACUCCCAGACAGCUUCAGUGAUGUGCCCAUGUCCUCUCCGCCACAGUUCGCCCUGCAGGCAUCUCCCGGCCAGCUCGGUGUGGAUGAUGGCUUGGGAGGGGGCGGAUCGCGAGCCGGGGAGGGUGGAAGAAUUGAAGGCAUGGAUGCGGAAAAAGACAAAAUGCUAGUUGAAAAGCAGAAGGUGAUUGAAGAGCUGACAUGGAAGCUACACCAGGAGCAAAGACAGGUUGAGGAGCUAAAGAUGCAGCUUCAUAAGAGGAAGCGCUGCUAUGGAGCAGCGCAAGGCACCAUCACUCCAUCUCAGUCCCAAAAUUUGGCCUUGCACAAUCAGACACCAGGCUUGAUGGGUCACCACCCCUAUGAGAUGAACAUCAAACAAGAGCCGAUGUCAUUGUCUUCGAGCUGCCCCCUCUCCUCUGCUAAACAUAUCAAGAGCUCCCCAGGGAAUUGCAUGGAGGACAUGGGACACUGCAACGCCAUGCUCCCCAGUAUGGGGGGCGAUUGUGGACCACAAUGUAUGAACUCAGCUGUUUCCUCAGCCAGCCCAUCCACCAUGACUGCUUUCCUUAGUCCGCAGUGCUCACCGCAGGACUCACCAAUCGGAAAGCCUUCCAGAAGCCCCCAACCGUCGUCUCCUAGCAACUCUUACAUGCAAUCACCUCCCAUGGGGAGGGAUGGCUGCACUCACCCCACCUCCCACUGCAGUACCAGAGGAUGCAUUAUGCAGGUACCACAUAAGAGUGGUUCUCAGAUCACCAACUGCUCUUAUCCGACAGACCAAAGAGGCCUUCAGGGACUUUAUUCCAAUACAUCAGAUUAUUCCUUCAAUCACAAUGGCACAGCCAAAUCUGGCAACCCAAAUAUGCAACCAAAGCAACUGACCAGAAGUCAGCAGAUGGAUGAACUUUUGGAUGUCCUCAUCGAAAGUGGAGAGAUGCCAGCUAACGCCAGAGAAGAGAGGGAGAGGUCCUCUGUAACCAAAGUCUUGCCUCACAUUACUGUGUUCCCAGGGUACCCCAGCUUACUCGUCCCAAGGCUCCACCGCCACUACGAACACCAGUCACCCACACAGCUUCAUUACGACCACCUGGAGACUCUGCUGGGCCCGAUGACCAGGGGAGGGGAGGCAACCUCUCUAGAGAUGGCCACAGAUGAUGGGCAGCAACAAGACGAUGGAAAUCGAGGCAGCGAAGGCUACGGCAGCUCCCACAACCACCAGCGCAACCAUCACCACCCCCAACAGGACAAAGUUGGGACCAACAGAGAUUUGCCGGGCACACCACUUUCUCCCCUCAACAAAGUGUCUGCUUUCCCUGAAGUGCAGGGAAUGGUCAGUAUGGCUUUCAGCGAGACCCCAUGGGAGACGAUGGAAUGGUUGGACCUGACGCCCACGACCUCAACCGCUGCCUUCAAUGUCCCAACAUCCAUUGUACCCAGCAUUUUUAACGCAGAGUUCUUGGAUGUCACUGACAUGAACUUAAACUCUGCUAUGGACCUUCAUCUGGAGCACUGGUGAACGCAGACAGAUCGACAUGCCAAAGCUAACGCACCAGCUCGUGAUUUAACCGUACAUGUCACAUGAAUCAACUACAGUAUUAGCUAAGAAAAUAAUGGAACUCAAAAGAGCCGGAGCCCAACAACCCUGAGUCAGACCAAUCCUCAAAACCAACAACAAAAUAGACAACUUUGUCAAUAUAGCUUAUAGUUAUGCUAUGGGGUUAAGAUCCAUUCAUCGUUGAAUGAAACUGUUUAAAAAAAAUAACAAUAAAUUCUUGCUGUUUUAACAAAUCUGUUCCAUGCUUAAACAGCCGUGACUCCUACUGUGUUCCUGCGUGGUACGCUUUCCUGGCCACAACACAGCUGGAACACGUGCUUGCUCAGAUCUGUUGUAUAAUGGAGAUCGUUUCUCCCGCCAGUUAUGAAUAACUACUGCCUUACUUGAUUAUAUAAAGGAGCCUUUUAAAGACAAAAAAAGGGUGCCAGAGACAAACCAAUAGAUUUAAGAGAGUAAAGUUCUCUAUCGAGACAGUGGCGGUGGAAAAACUGCUCUUUGUUUUUUCCCCAGACUGUUGUGUUUGUCUUGGGGGAAAUAUCACCAACACACUCAGUAAAUAAAAAUUGAAAUUGAAAAUUUGAUUUAGAAAACCAAUAAACUGCAGCAUCAUUAUCAAAAAGAUGACUACGUAAGCAUGCUUGGGACGGAUGAAUGUGCCACUGUGAGUGUGUGCCAGCGGGGGGUAACUGCUUUGGAAUGGUACACAACAAUCAACCCAGUGCAGCCUGAGUUUAAAAAAAUGCUGUUUUGAUUAAUUGGUAUCAAGGUUUUCCAGACUGUACUGUAAUCCAGGGCCGUUGUCACCCCUGGAAUCUUUUUUUUGACAGCCUGUGCGUGUACCAAAGCCAAAUUGACAAACAUUCUACAGACUGUUACAUUACCGACACCAUAUUGCUUUAUAAUAGCCAUUUAUGAAAUGUUAAAAGUUUUACACCAUAGUUACUCUAAGGGUAAGGCUUUUAAAGUUUUUGGAUGGUCUUUGUGAAUAAUUCGUCUUUGAAUGUAAAUAUGAACAAAACUCACUGUACACCUUUAGUUUAACCGAUACAGUAUUUGAUACACUUUGCUUUGUGAUAGAAUAUUCAUUGGGUAUAAAAAGUCUACUCACCCCUGUUCAAAUUGCCAUUUUUUUUUCAUAUUAAAAAAACGAGACCAACCAUUUCACAACUUUACUAUGACCUUCACAAAAAAGGAAUAAAAGUAAAACUAAACUGAAAUAAGAGUGCUGCAGUGUGCACCCCCUAUGUGGCUCUACUCAGAAUCAAAUCAUGUUAAAUGAGUCAGCACAUUCCUGCCAUUAUUGCAGCGCCUCUAAAUAAUAAUUGGGAAGAAAAAAAAUCCUAUUGCCACAUUUUCUCCUCUUUUUUUCUUUUGUUUCACAAGAACCUUUGAAAAGAGAUGUGUAGACUUCUUAUGUCCACAUGGGUAAAGAUGCCUGGCAUUUGUUUGAGGGACCCUUGUAACACUUUUUCUAAACACUUCUUUUCAAACUUAUCUAUUAAGUGGCAUUAUAUAUCCAAAAAUGUUGGCCAUAUGUAUUUUAAUCAGCAGAAAUUGCACCUGUAAAAUAAUUUCUGCUUACAUACAAACAUUAAACAAUGCCAGAUAAAUUUCAACGUAAUCUCUAUUUUUCUAACAAAUGCUUUUUUUUUUUUAAGGUAGGGGUGGGGUUGUUCAGCUUUUAGCACCCGAGGCCAGCCACAGUUAUUUAUUUUGUGUAAUAUUUGUGCCGUUUCAUGUAUUUAUACUGACAUUCCUUUUUAUGUAGAGAUUGCCACUUGUUUUUGGAUUGAAUAAAAAAAAAAACUCCAGCGUUGCCUUUUUGAGCACAGACAAUUGCCUUUGAAAAUGUGAUGUAGUCUGAAAUCAUCACUUCAAAAGGAAUUAUUUUCUUAAAUCAUUUGGCAUCAUGAAUUGUCCAGUACUAGCACUUGUGAAUAAUAAAUGUAAUAUAUACCUGUAUACAGAUUUCUACUGUGAAUACUGCAUUUUAACUCACCACAGUCGGCCUUCACAAAGUAGGCGCCCUAAUAAGAAGUUCCACUUUGUUGCACAUGUAAAUACUUGUCACACUUUUGAGAGCUCUUUGCUUAAUCUGCUCAAUGCAAGGCUACAUUCAUCACCGUUAUCUUUUUCUUCAGUGUAAAUCCUUUAAAAAAAAAUGCAAUAAAAACUUGCCAAAGAUUUGCAGUAGUCCCAAAGUAAAAUAAGUGUCUUGGAAAUAGGGACUGUAAACAACCGUGAAGUUUCGAUGUUUCGCUAAACUUUUGUUUUCUUACAUUUUGUUCUCAGCAAACAUUGAUCACCAAUGUAUUGUAACUUUGUUCAUGGCUAUAUUUUGUAGCAUUAAACUUCAGAAAGGAAUAUGAAAAAGGAAUUUUAACCUAAACGGGGAGGGGGGGGGAAUGAUCAGUCAUUUGAUAUAAAAUAGGUGCGGGAUUCACAGAGUAAUUAGUGAGAUUCGCAGGGUAAUUAACACUAAUGUUGUGUCAAUUCAUAUUUACCGUGUGUGAUGUUAAUAAUCUAGUAAACCAGCAGAAAAAAAAAUGCAAUUGUCCAUUUACUGUUUUGAACUGUAAAAUCAAUGAAUCAUCCCUGUAUGCUGUACCUUUAUAUAUAUAUAUACACACAUUUAAUUUGCGCAAUAUGUAAUAAAUUGUGUUUCCAUUGGUCUUUGUGUUGUCAAUGCAUGAGGGGGACAUGUGAAAUUCAUAUAUGAAGAGGUCAAAACUACCAUUCAGUACUUUGGACACCAGACAAACAAUAUUAUUUAAUACUAAAAGAAAUUACAAUAUUGACAUUUUCCUUCCCACCAUUCAUAUAGGUAAAAACAUCAUGAACAUAAAUAUAAUUUGGGAAUAACUUCGCAUAGUUUCAUAAUCAUAGUAACUAUCAAUAAGUAUUGAGUAUUAAUUUCCACUCUACUGGAUUACCUUUGUGCCUUGGAAUCAUCACAUCUGAUCUUUAGCUAUUCAUUUCCACAGCCAAGACAUUUGUGAAUAAUAAUAGUCAUGAAAUAAAAGAAAAUGUGUCUCUGACAGAAGUUGCAAUGUCGCUUGCCCACUGACUUAAUGUUGUUUGAAAAAAAUGUUUGCAUUGCUGUACCCAACGUAAA